AUGAGGUUCCUAACCCUUCCCCAGAUAUAAACGCCCGUCGAGAGUCGAUCGUUUUGCCAUGGGAAAUGUCCCUCUCAUACCUGCAGAGCUUGCGACCAUCUGCAUAGAAAGCUUUUUCCACGGCAUCUUCUUCACUCUCUCCGUAGUCUCCUUCUAUCUCUUGUUUCGUCGCCAGAAGGAUCUGGGAGCAUAUGGAGGCCGGAAGCAGUCAGAUUCCACAUCGCGGACUCGGAAGUCAAUCAGGAUUUUUUUGCUCGCCGCCGUACUUAUAUUCCUCUCUAAUACCGUGCAUUGGAUCGUGGCCAUCACGCGACUGUUCAAAGCCUUUGUAUACUAUAAAGGCGGCAGUGCACCGUCGGACUUUUACGCCGAUGUGUCACAACCAACGGAACUCAUUCAAACUUCCGCGCUUGCCUUUACAGCCACGAUCAACGAUGCUAUGAUUAUAUGCCGCCUCUGGAUCGUGUGGGCGUUCAACAAGGAGGUAGUCAUAUUUCCUCUAUGUACACUUGUCGGCUUAACUGUGUGCGGUAUUGGAUCUAUUUACCAAAUAUCGAAGACCCAUAUCGGCGAAGACGUCUUCAUCUCUGCUUUGGGCCGCUGGCUGACUAGUGGCGCGGUAUUAACACUCUGCACCAAUGUAUAUUGCACAACUAUGAUCGCCUGGCGUAUUUGGAGAAUCAACUCGGCUGUCUCAGGCCAUAGACGUGGCAGUCUGGCGUCUGUCAUGGCUAUAAUUGUCGAAAGCGCUGCGCUCUACACAAUAUGGACCAUCUUCUUCAUGGUCGCCUACUUGGCUCGAUCCAACUUGCAGUUCGUGACCAGCGAAACGUGGGUCUUCGUCGCCGGCAUAUCCUUCAUGCUCAUCAACGUACGCGUCGGCAUGGGAUGGGCCCAGAACGGAACGACCACAAUCUCGACAUUUGAAGCCGCUUCCGACACGUCAGCUAGCGGUGAUCAAUCAUUUGCGAUGAAGCCUUUGGCGGUCACUAUCACGUCCACUGUGCACAGAGAUCAUGAGUUUGACGAUGCUCCCGUCAAGUCGUUCUCUCAUGAAUCUUCCACCUUCAUGUCGGAUGCUUGACAACGCAAUUUUGGACAUUGCCUUAGUUAGUGUCUCACUAUGCAUGAUGCCACUGUUCUCAUGCUUCACCUGAAUUUCGAUGCUUGUAAACAUGCUGCUGACCGUCUCACAUUCAGCCAAACUAUGUUACAUUAUUGACAUUGUAU